GCAGAGCUCGUGAGCUCGUGUUUCAAUCCAGUCGUGGGAACUGUAGUGCCCAGCUGCGGGCUAACGUCCAGCGCACCUGGCCGCAGGAAGUGCAAGAUCUAGAUGUUGACACUGCCAUCCUCAGGAUUGAACAGCGGAUUGCGCUACUCCGGGAGGCCAGGCGUCAGGAGCGCAUCUCGGCUUGGAAGCAGGACAUGGCUGCCAUGGGUCGUAAAGCGACCAAGUGGUUGAAGCGUUCGGUUACCGUGCUGCCUGCCAGUGUCUCCCGCGUGACUUCGGAGGGCAUUCAAGAGGUUUCCGGCAACAAUCAGCAGGCCCUUCUUUUUCUUAAAGGUUUUUGGAAAGAUGUAUGGGAGCGUCCCGCUGAGCCACAGGAGCUUCGGCGUCUUCGUUCUGACAGUUGCGACAGAACCUCCUCCGCCGUUUCGCUUCCGCCUGAUCUUUCCUUGAGCCCUAAGGAAUUGAUGGCCGCUGCCGGCUUGCGGGCAGGGGGUAGUGCCAGCUUGGAUGGCUGGGGCGGGGAUGAAGUGAGUGUACUUCCCUUACAGGCGUGGGUUCAGUUUGCUUCUCUGCUUGCAAGAUGGCAGCAGCGCAACCGCUAUCCUGAGGUGUGGACUCACUAUCGCUCGUCCUUCAUUCCGAAGCGGGAUCCUGAAGAGCACGUCCUGCCGGUUGACGCCUUGCGUCCCCUCAGUGUUCAGAGUUUCUUCUGCAGGGUUGCCCUCAUGGCCAAAAGCCAGGUCAAGAGAUGGUUUGAGGCUCAGGUCAGUCCAUGCACUCAUGGAGCUCUGCCGGGGCGUGGGGUGCACGCGGCCCUGGCCGCCCUGACUACUGCGUUUGCGGCUCCAGGAGCCGUGCUUGUGUCUCUUGACCUCAGUCAAGGGUUUGACCGUGCCACCCCUGAGCUCACUGUCGGGAUGAUGGCUCGGCAAGGCUUCCCGGUUCAGUGGGCGCAGUACCUCAUGCAUGUAUGGGGCAAGCAAUCCAGGUGGCUUACGUGGAGUGGGGAAACGCUCAGUGCGCCCGAAGUCGUCUCCACUUCGGUUCCUCAAGGGGACCCCUGUGCCCCGGCCGCCUUCACGAUUCUCUUGCAGCAAGGCGCUGACGAGCUGCAGGCGCAGGCCUUGAGAGCCGCGGGGAUUGGGCCAGUCUUCGCAUCUUGGGCCGGGUGGCUUGUGUGCUGGGGUGUUUGGUUUGACAGCUACCCGCAGGCAUCUUUGGCAAAUGCUGUCCGGGCCUUGGACUGCGUCACGGUGCUUUGCAUACAGGAGGUGAGUGGCAGGAGCUGUUUUGAUCGUUUCUUGCACAAUCCCAAGAGACAUGAUGCUGCUGACUUGAGGGCUGCGGGGGCACGCUAUGAUGAGAAACAGGUUGCUGCCACGCGCAUGCUUUGGCGCAAGUCCGGUGCUGAGGAACGUGCCGUCGUGGGAGCAUCUUGUGUGGAGAUGUUCGCAUUUCAGGGAGGGCAGGCCCUUCCUCGCUCGAGCUAA